AUGACCUAUGAUACGGAAGACGAGGCAGAUGAUCCGGAGGUGCGGCAAAAGCAGGAGAACGCCCUCGCGGCCUUCCGCGCCUUCGAGGAUCGAACGCCGAGGGGAGCCUUGGGCGGCGGUGGGUUUCGGGAGAUCCGUGCCAUGGGACCGGUGCCGAAGGCGCCCGAGAGGGCCAAGAAGGCCUGGCUCAUCUGGACCUUGGCUCGGAACCAGCGAGUCCUCGAAUCCUCCAGUUUCAACUUCGCCGAGUUCGACCGCAUCGGCCGCGAACGGGACGCGAUGCUGGCGAAGCAACCCGGGGGUAUCGCGACAAGUACGGCUGAUCCCGUGGGAGAAUUCGAGUUGCCAGACGCCAGCCCCGCAGUUUCCUGGUUCAACCACUUCAUCCGGCGCCUGGCGCGGUUUGCGUGUGCGCUGCUGGCCCAGGCGCUUUGCUUCUCCCGUGCCCGGCUCAGCAUCGGCUCGGCCUGCGCGUUGGAACGUAAGGGAGCCCGGAAUCCAAAUCUGCUUAGGCCCGUGGCGGCCCUGGGCGGAGCAGUUGGAGGCGUCCAGUUCGGCAGCUCGGGGUCGGAGGAUUUCAUCGACCUCAAAGCUUUGGGGUCAGUCAACCACUCGGAAGCUUCCCCCGCGCCGGCGCGCCAGCGGAAAACGCCAGCCUGCGCGCCGGCGGCGUCGAGCCAUGGGAUGGCGCGCUUCGGGCGUUUGCGCCUGGGGUGCUUGGCCUUGGGCUUCCUCCUCUGCCACUUGGCCUUCGAGGCGCUGAACGAAGCCUUGGUGCGGCUGCCCGAGGUGCCUAAAGGCGUGACUUUGUGGAGCGUGGCCUCCCAGUUCGCGUGCUGCACCUUCGCCCCGCUGGCGCUGUCGCUGCGGUCGGCGGAAACGCUGCCGCGGCGGUCGCUGCGGGAGUGGGCGCCGUUUGCGAUGAUCUCGGCCAUGGUGUUCCUCUCCAACAGCCUAUCGCAGUACUCCACGCACUACGUGGAGUUCACAUUGAAGAUCGUGGCCAAGUCCAGCAAGCUGCUGCCCACGAUGCUCAUCUCGGGCAUUCUGGGGAACUCGGGGCGGUUCGAGGCCUUGGACUACGCGGUGGCGCUGCUGCUGUGCGCGGGUACGUGCCUGUUCUGCCUUGACCAGACUGGGGGAUGCUCACAGGCCUUGGGUAUGGCUGCUCUUGCGUUGUCCUGCGUCUUUGAUGGACUGGUGCCUAAUCUGCAGCAGCGCGCCCUGAAGAGCGCCUCUUGCGCGGAGGUUAUGGCGCGGACCAACCUGCUUGGAGCUUUGACAGGCUUCCUGGGGGUGGUGCUCAACGGGGAUGCCUCUGCUGUCUUGGAGUAUGCAGGCACACAUCCCCGGCUGCUUUGGCUGAUUCCCGGCAUUGGGCUCACGCUGGCAGGCAGCGUGCUCUGCUACACGGAGCUGGUGCAUUCUGCGGGCUCCGUCUUCGCCGUGGGGGUGGGCACUCUGCGCAAGAGCGCCUCGCUGCUGCUCUCGUAUUUGCUCUUCCCGAAGGCGGCGUUGGGCGUUGAGCGAGUUCUGGGCCUCGUGUUGCUGGGCCUGGGCCUGGUGCUGGCGGAGUGGCGCGCCCGGAGCCCCAAGCGACUGGGCGCCACGCGCCUGCGGUCCGCGCUUCUGUCGCAGUAUGACUCCGUGGUGCCCCCCAUCAGCGAUCGCCUGGUGAAUUACUCCGGCGCAGGGACUGAUGUGGGGAUGCAGAUCCGCUUCUUUAAGGUGGAUAUGGUGGCGGCCGCCACGGGGCACAUGCGGCUGAAGGUCUGGGUACGGCUCAGCUGGGUGGACCAACGCCUCAGCUGGGACCCCGCGGACUACGGCAACAUCACCCAGGUGGUGUUCCGUGCCGGCGGCCUCACCGACGCGGAGAACUCCGAGAUCUGGGUGCCGGACAUAGAGCUCUACAACGCCAAGGAUGGGAUCCAGGCCACCCUGGAGAAGGCCGCCGCCAGCGUAACGAGCAGCGGGAGCGUCUUCUGGUCCCGGCCGGGCAUGUUGGAUACGACGAUGUGCAAGUUCUCCGGACUGGUGGCUUUCCCCCUGGACACCUUGAGUUGCGCCAUGGAGUGGGGUGGCUGGGGCUACUCUGGCGGCUUCCAGGGCAUCUACCUGCUGAAUGGAGGGUAUGCCUUCCUGCAGACGGAAGACACUGCUGGCUCCUCUUACCAGGAGUACUCCAUUCAGGACCUGAGUGUCGAGAUCAAGACGAACUUCUACGAGUUUUACCCCGCCGAGCCCUGGACGCAGGUGAAGUAUGUGAUCAAGCUCCAGCGAGCCAGCUUCUAUUAUUGGCUGCUGAUCAUGCUGCCGACGGUGCUCAUCACCUACCUCUCUUUUGGAGUCUUCUUCAUGUCCCACGAGGUUGGGGAGCGCCUCUCCUUCGGCAUCACCCUACUGCUAGUGGUGGAGGUGAUGAAAGGCACGGUGGCCACCUUCGUGCCCGUCUGUGGGGAGCUCUUGUGGAUCGAUCUCUUCAUGGUGGUGAACACGCUCUUCUGCUGUUCAUCUCUGCUUGAGACGAUGCUUGUGCUCUUCUUCGCUUUUCACGCCGAUGAGCACGUGCUGCCCAACUGGCUGGCCUGGCUGGCGCCCUGGGUCCUCUGCCGCCGGAAAAUCAGCGCCCGCACCUCCAUCGAGUCCACCGCCGGCAACAUCUACCGCCGCCUCAGCCAAGACUGCUUGGAUGGCAAGCGCAAAGGCCGGCAGACGGCCGCCGGGGAGCGCAUGAAGGAGAUUGCGAGCUCCAAGCUGACUGAGACCGAUACUGCGAAGCUGAUCUUCUUCGAGAAUCUCUUCUAUAUGCUGGACUCGGAUUCCAACGGCUUGAUCACUACGGAGGACGUGUGCUCCAUGCUGAGCUUCGUGAAUUUGAGCAUGGAGUGGACGGAUCUGGAGAUCUUUCUGCGGAGCUCUUGGCCUGCAGACAAGCUGUUCAACUGCAGCGACUUCUUGGAGAUCUGCGUGGAGCUCAUGUGGACCAUCCCCUUCCAGGAGAUCAAGAUGGGAGCGGAGAACUACACGAGCAGCUGCAAUCGUCAUAUCAAGCGCUGUCAAAACCACUGGCAGAGGUGGUCCAAGGCAAUAGACCGAGGGUCGCGCUUUUGGCUGCCGUUGCUCUACACUACGGCACUAGGUAUUCUAUUGAACCUUGAGUUUGUGGACGACUAUGGCAGUGCCGGCAGCGUGAUGUUCGAAGGCUUCGGACCCAUCGUCGUGCCGCCCUCGGGCGUCGUGUCGGCACUGGUGACGCCCACCAUCGGCCUGAGAUUUCUAUUGUCGCGUGGAUCUACAUGA